AUGGCAUCAAGUCAUAUGAUUUCGCCGUUUGGCGCAAGUUUGACUGUAGGUGGCAAACAACUGCAAGCAAUGGUCAUGCAGCAGCAGGCACCGAUGGCGGCUUUCUUCAUCCACAGUUUAGACCAUCCCCAGGGCCGAAUAUUUCAUGUUGUCAAACCCGAGGAUAUCUCGUUCGCUCCGCCGGUGUUGAUUAGACGACCUCCUUUACCAGAGCCCAGGCAGAUCUCUUUGCAGAUGGUGAUACCAUGUAUCUUUUUUGUCCAAUACCCCUGUCGGCAGAAAUGUCGCAGUCUUGGGAUCUGCAUACACUAUCAGUUUGUGGUCGGCUGUCGAACGUGUCCGGACGGAUUGAGGUGUCCGAUCUGCGUACAGCAAAAUGUCGAACAGGCUAUUCAGGCAGGCCGCAAGUGUCCGCUCCAUCAGAACCCAGCGCAGCCGAGUCCGAUAAACAACCGGCCAGAAGACUUUCUGGCCACCGUCGCUCAAAGAGAGGUUUGCGACGAAGUCCUAAGGCGAUCAUUCACAUGUCAAUGGGACGAUAUCCCAGGGCUUCCGAAGAGGCGGCCGGAGCAAGGUGGUUGGGAGGUUGCACGCAGUGACUUCCACCGCGAAACCACCCCGAGGGACAUGCGAGAUUUGAGGAUGUUGGAGUCUCUAUACGAAGAUGGCCUCAAGAGUGAAGAGAACCCAUCCCAGACGAAGGGGAGCGGCGUUGCCGCAGGGUUCAAUGGUCCGUUGGGUAUUCAAGUCACAAUGCCCCAAGGUUUCCUCGGCCAGCAUAUGUAUAGUUAG